GAAAAAUAUUAAAAAUUAAAAGCAAUGCGCCGCGUAAGUAUAUCUCCGAAGGGCUUUCUAUGUAGCGUGCUCUAUGGUCAGGACGAGGAGAAUCUCAGGACCAUCAUCGUAUACCUAGUACCAUACCGUAGUACAUACCGGUAACCAUGCUUCAACUCUCGUCAAAGAGCACGCGGGACAAAGUAACGAUGCCUACCUGUACUAGCAGUACGGUAUUCUUCCGUGCCAAAGAGCACGCGGGACGGAUACUGCCAUAUCUACUGGUACUCUAGUUACAUAGUAACGGUAUGUACCUCACACUACCUACCGGUACCAUAUACUAGGUAGUAGUACGGCACCCUCCCGUAUCUAAAACCCUCAUGAUGCAUCUUCGGGCCUUCGGCAAAUGGUCGAGAAGGAGAACAUUGUCCCGAUUGUUGGACUUUCUCCUCCAUCUUCUCCUCCUCUUCUUUCUCCUCCUCCUCAUCGCCGCCGUCGUAGCGCGGUGCUCACUCCCACUCCCCUAUGUAUGCAUGUACAUACCAGGUAUGAUAUGUAGCAUACCUCAACGAUUCCUCAACGACUCCCCCCACCCCACUCCAACAAGCUCAACAGUCAAGAGUCAAGGCUGGCGCGUGGGAGAUCUCUACCGGUAAUAGCUAUCAUACUAGCAGUAGAUACAUGAUAGCCGUGCAGCAAAGCUAGGCUGCGAUCACGCAAACGGCCGGAGCGCACGUGCGGGAAUGGCUGGUGGAGAACGAGAUGGUUCCAGGCGACGACGGAGACCUGAGACACGGCGACGAACACGUUGGUAGGUAGUCCCUUUGGCGGAUAUGUAGAGAUGUGUGGAUGGAUGGUAGGUAGGAGAUCGAUUCGUUGCCUUCGGAUGCUUAUCUAUCGGAUCCAGUACCGGUGUACUAAUCAUACGGUAAGGUGCACGUGAGGAGGUAUCGUGACUCUACCGCCGCCGCACCUGCGCAGCUGCGCGGCGCAACUAGUAAAGUACCGUAGACUACCGUACGGUAGUUGCGAACCGUGGAACAGCGGCUAAGUCCUAGUAGGUAGUGACGGCUUUGUUUUCAUCCGGCUAACUAGCCGAUCUCGUCGAUUGCAUCGUGCAUCGAGACCACCACACGUGAAAAGCUCCGAUUCCCCACAAACAAGGAGGCGCGUAUGUAUGUACGUAGAGUAGAGUUUGGAGUAAAAGGUAAACUCCCUAAAACGAUGUGCGGUGUUCCUAUGCAUACAUUCGCCGUGCAUCAUCAUCAGCAUCAUCAUCA